UCACGGAGUGCGCUCGUCAGCUCCGCGCGUCCGGCCACCCGAUCCCGCCACCCGAUCCCGCCACCCGAUUCCGCUACCCCAGCCCGCGGGUCUGUUCCGUGCGGCUCGCGUCUUGCGGACGUCCGAGGUGCCCCGGGCGAAGGCUGAGGCUCCCGGGCUCCGUAGCUGAGUGGCGGCGGCACCGGCAGAGAUGCCUGGGAAGAAGGCGCGCAAGAGCGCGCAACCGAGCCCCGCGCGGGCUCCAGCAGACCUUGAAGUCGAGUGUGCCAUUCAACUCAGGAGAUUUGGAGACAAACUGAAUUUCCGGCAGAAACUUCUGAAUCUGAUAUCCAAACUCUUCUGCUCAGGAACCUGACUGCAUUAAAACACUGGCAUGAGGGGACUUCUUCAAAAGAGAAGUUUUCUCAGGAGGUGCACAUUUCAUCAAUUUGGAGAUUGCAAUUUGAAGAUUGAAUUGUAAUUGAGAGGAGUGUGAAGAAGCAUUCGCGAGUGCCCUUGGAAACAGAAGAUGGAAUGCAUCAAAAAUGAAUUUCUGUUGGCGAUUUCCCAGAUUAUCAUUUGUUGGGAUAUGAGAAUGUUAUAAAACGACUUUGUUUAUUUUAAAGCAAGAACGAGAGACCCUUGGAAAUAGGGAAGUAAUGAUUGAUACAUUUCUUUUUUACUUAGAUAAUUGUUCUAGUGUUUUUGUUGAAGAUUAUUGCUGGCCUGGUGGAAAGGGGAUGAUCCAUGAUUAGACUCGGUGGCUGGGAAGAAAAGUUCAGUGCUUUGUUGUCAUUGCUGUUUUUGGUAUUUUGCUUUUCAGUACCAACUCAGCAAAAUGUAUAUAAUUUGGUUUAUACAUAUUACCUUGUUAUAAGGAAAAAAAUUUAUUCUGAGAACACUGAAAUGUCAUAGUGAAUGUUGAUUUCUUAGGUCACUACACAAUGUGAAAGAAUUUGUUUCCUUUGGCUCAAAUUGUAUUGCUUCUGUUGAGAUGAUCAUUCACUGUGUUCCUGUUGGAAACUAUGGAAAACUGGAAAAUAACUUCGAAAAAAUUGGAUAGAAGUAUAGGAGGUUACUUGGGGCUAGUAUAUUGGUAGACUGAACAUUCAAUAUAAUAAAAGAACAUGGGGAUUUUGUAUAACCAGGGAUAAUAAAAAGAAAAAAGUUGAUUUUUAAUUGAUGUUAUUAAAACUUGACUUGAUGAGAAGUGAAUGGUUCUAAAGAAGUUUCUAAAAUUUGGAAAAUGCUCCUUGUCAUAUUAGUGUGCAUCCUACAAAAAGUGAUCUUUUAAUAUAAAUUAAGAAUAUUUUCAUAAUUGGAAUAUGCUUUUCUUAAAAAGAGGAACAGAUUGUUCUCAUCUAGAAUGAAAGUUCCACAUAUGCAUUGGUGCAUAUAUGUCUGCAUAUACUUACAUAUUAUAUGGAUAUCUGUAUGGAUAAUUUGUAUUAGAGUAUUAUAUAGAUUCUUAGAAGGGUUCAAAUAAGUUUCAUUUUUUUAUCUGGUCUAUAUACAGUCCUCAAAUACAUAAAAAAUAUGAUUUUAUUUCAGCAAAAAUAAUUUUAUUUAUUUUGCCUAUUUAUAAUUAAAAUAUUUUUUAGUUUGAA